CACACACACACACACACACACACAUAUAUACGCACAUGCUCAUCUCCAACAGCCAAACCUUUCAUUGAAAUGUGUAGAGGUGCUCUCACACACACUUUCUUCCUCUCUCUCUCUCUCUCUCUCUCUCACACUCACACUCACACACACACACACACACACACCGGCACACAGGCUGCUUUGUCAACAGCUCACGUAGCGCGGUGCACUCAGGCGAGCUGUCACACACACACAUAUAGCGUAGGACACACACUCUUCCCUCUCUCUCUCUCUUUCUCGUCUUCUGUCACUCUCUCUUGUUCGCCCUCAGCCGCAAUCACAUGCCGAGCUUCACACACACACACACACAGAGGCAUGCAGUCACACACUCCGGGAUGCAGGCGGCUUCAGUGAUGCUGUGACGCUCUGUCCUCACACACACACACUUUCUCGGUUGUCUUUGCACACUCGCAUGCUUUAACACACGAGACACACACACACACACACACACACACACACACACCUCUCGUCAGCCUCUCUCUCUCUCUGUCAGUCAGUCAGUGUGUGUGUGUGUUUGUGGAAUGAGGCGGUGAUGUUUUGGGACAGGAAGAAUAGUAUGGGCAAUUCCCAACGACGGCCCAAAGGAAGACACAGACCCAAAUCGGCAACAGCCACCAGCGGUCUAGAGGCGGAGAGCGGCAGGCGCGGCGGUAGCAGCAGCAGCAGCCACGGCGACGGCAACCACAGCAGCAUCAGCGGCGGAGGAGGCAGCAGCAGCAGCGGCGGCGGCGCGGCCCACUUCAGGUCUCCAUGGCAACAGAGCGUGAACGUGUUCGGCUCGUGGAGCAGGCCGGAGUGUGUCGAGGAGCUGCACCAGCAGGCGCAGCUCAACCUCCAGAGCCUGCUGCAAGACUUUGAGGAGCAGUUGUACGACACCAAGCUGACCGGUCAGACUUUCCGGCAUCCGUCCUCGCAGAGCUCUGACGACACGUCCACCUCGCUCAGCCGAUCGCCCAUCUCCCUCAACAACAAGAGACCUGACUUCAUCUUCCUGCCGGCAUCCAAACAGCUCUAUGAAGAUGAAACCACCUCCUCAGUGUUUGGACUGAGGUCAGUGACCGACCCGUCUCCCUCUCCGACCCCGUCGCCCUGCGGCUCAGACCGCCCUCCGCUGGGUUGGAGUAGUAACAACAGCAGCAGCAGCACUGCUACUUCUGCUACCAUCGGACCGCCUGUUGCAGAGAAACCACGCUGGCACCUCGGGAGACGUACACCGGGCCACUUUAUACCGCUCGACGUCACAGGUGAAGGGGGAGGAGGGAAAUUCCACGGUGUCGACCUCCUCCAGCACUCCCCAUCCCCAUCCCCCUCUCCAGGGGACCCCUUCCCCCACCAGCCCCGCUCCCUGGAACCUGUAACGGACACCUUCCACCAGAACCUCCCCCUGAGGAAGACGCACUCUGACCUCGACACAACCUUACCUGCAGAUACCACUUUGGGGCAGCGUGCCCCCGACCAACUUCACCCAGGAACUAUGGACCACUCUGGGCUGCUGUGCUCAAACACACCCUCUGCUUCCUGGAACGGACCUAAGGGCUCCACCUUUUCUCCUGGAGCGUGGAACGAGCCUUACAAUUACAGCAUGAACAAAGGCCCCGCCGUUCCACCCAAACAGCACAGCAUUAUCGGUAAUGCAGGAGGAGGGACGCAUGACGGGGUGAUGUUGGUGAGCUCAGGACAGUCGGUGAGCUCACAUUCCAGUUCAUUUACGUCAGUGACAAACCUUUCUGGGAGAGGAGGGAAUAACAUGCCAGGGAUUUCACUGGCAGCAGCGAUGAUGGGCAAGCGGAGCGAGACAGAAGGGGCUGCUGCAGACGGAGGGAGAGGAGGAGGAGGAGGGGGGGGAGGGGGAGUUGGGGAGACGGCGAGAGGGCGGGAGAGGUCGGCACGUUCCAUAGCAGCAGCGAAUGCCUUCAAGUUCCGGGAGCGUUCCCUUUCUACACCCACGGAUUCUGGUUCCUUCUGCUUUACAGAAGGUGGUUUAGGCCAGCCGGACAGGAACAUUUUAUCUACAGGGAACGGGAAUGCUAUGGCAAUAACUGACCACCAACAACAGCAUCAUAACUUCCUAGGUUUGAGUGAGAACUACGCCCUUCUCUACCCUAGGGGGAGCUCCGAAGACAGUGCCAGUACCACAGACACAAUCUCUGUCACAGCUUCAGAUUAUAGUGCAGAUGGCCGCUUGCGCCUACGCUCCCGCUCCAUCUCACUUAAGAAGUCCAAGCGCAAGCCGCCACCUCCUGUGAGGAGCGUCUCUCUCAUGAAGAACCUCGGAGAAGCUGAGGGGAGAAUCCACCAUGACGGUGGUCUUUACCGGGAUGGCCGACCAAAGAGUCUACACAUCCCCAGAGAUCAUUUCCCAGACUUCCAGCCCGAUUUCCUCCUGCCCAGCUCAACCUGCUCCUCUAAACCCAGUGUUAGUGAGCGGGAGCUGGUCCAUGGUGGCCCUGAUGGACCUCCUAGCCUGGAGGUCCAGGCUCCAGACAGGGAGGGAGAGACAGAGCUGACCUUCCCUACCCACUGGCAGCUGGGAGAGUGGAAGAAUGACCCUUACAGGUCUCUAUCGGGCUCCAGCACAGCAACAGGUACCACAGUGAUUGAAUGUAUGAAAGUCAGAGGCAGCUCUGAGUCCCUGCUUGAUUCUCCUUCCACCUCCAGAGCCACCUCACCCUCACAGCUCUCCAUGGAAACUGACAUCAAAGCAUCCUCGCCCUUCAAACCCCCAGGACUUAUGUCCCCAUCAAGUGGCUAUUCCAGCCAGUCCGAGACUCCCACCCCAACUGUUCCACUCAGCCAUAUGGCAGGUCACGGGACAGUAGGGACAACAGGGACAUUAGGGACAUUAGGAUGCAAGUUGCGGCCGAAGAUCCCAGAAAGGAAGUCAUCGCUACCAUCACCCAAGGACCCGGCUGCAAGGUCUAGAUUGUCCUUUGAGAUGCCUGGGAAUGCACAUCUGGAGCUUUCAUCAAUCAAGCCAAAGCAAAAGGCCAGCAGACGGCAUUCUGACACCUCAACAGCGGCAAAACCGGGAAAAAUCAGCCCCAACUCGUCACAGGCAUUGCCUGUGGUUACCCAGAAUGAGCUGAAGACUAUUCGGCUUCGCUCUGUCUCUCGUGGAGACUUGGAGGAUUGUCCUGAUGGAGCGUCUGACACCAUUGAAGAAGAACAGCAUGGGCGAGACCUAGGCGAGGACCCCAGCCCACCACCCACCCUACCAAAACCCAAACCACCUGUUGCUGUCAAGCCCCCGUUACCCAAGCGGCCCCUAAACCUCCUCCUCAAGUCUCCUUCCCCCUCCUCCACUUCUCCCCAAGCCCUUGACUCACCUCCUGGCUCACCUGUGGACCGGCCUGUGCCCCUAGGCAACAUAUACAAAGUGAUGAAAAAGCCCAAACCUAAAAAACCUAUACCACAGACUCAAACAAGUACCUGCGUUCUCCCAGAUUCUAUCACAGCUCCACAUACUGCCUAUGACCAUCCAUUCCUCCCCCACUCCCAAUCCCUCUUUGAUCUCCCUCCUCUUCCAGACCCCCAGCCUCUCCUUGAAGACCCAGUAAUGGAGCCUGAAUUUGAGGCAGACCCAGAGAUCCGUCUUGGUCCUGGGGAUGGAGGCUCACUCCCCUCUCCCUGCAGUAACCAGGAGGCCCCGGAGCUUCAGGACAAGAGCAAGACACUUCCCACAAGGAUGACAAUCUCCUGUCUGGCAGAGCUGUCAGACAAAAAGAAACCCAAGGUUCCACCACCAGUCCCCAAGAAGCCAAAUGUCCUGCUUCUUCCCUCAUCGACCCACUCCUCGACCAAUGGCAGCACAGAACGACAGACGCCACAGACCGACAGCCCUGUUGGUCUUCGGUCUCCCAUAGGAGCAUUUUCGCCUGAAGAGUUUCCCAGUACUCCUAGUGUUCCCGAUAUGCCAGAGCAAGAUGAGAACCACUUGGAAACAGAUGAGGAGAGUUCAAAAGAGUCAUCUUUGCAGGAUUCCUCCCUCACAGAGCUGGGAGGGAAAAUGGCCAGCACUGGCAUUGGGGCAGAUGACUCUGCAGCCAAUGAGAAGACCGUACUCCACAUCGCCGAGGAAACAGAUGACGACUUGUUGGCUAGCACACCUGCAACACACACCACCGAAGACCUAUUCACUAUUAUUCACAGGUCUAAGCGAAAGGUUCUAGGUCGUAAGGAGCCAUCAGACUCCUUCGGCAGCCGCCAGAGCCUCGUGUCCCCGGUGAAGCACAGCACCAGCGGUAGUGACCUCCGAAAUCUAACCUUAGGCAGCAGUCAGAGGUCGAGCUCUCGCAAUGAGAACUUCAUGGCCCUGCUUCAGAAGAAAGGCAGCAAGUCUUCCAGCGGAGGAGCCAGAGUCUCUGCUAUGGAGCUUCUCAAAAGCACAAACCCUCUGGCACGACGGGUCACAGAGUUUUCAACCACCUCGUCGACAUCCGGUGAGGGAGGAGACGCAGUAUCCGGGAAUGGCAAACCCAACGAUCAAUGAAGAAUUGUUAACGGACGUUAACUAGGUCCAUUUGCUGUUGACAAACCUACCAACUAAUCCUACAAUUUGCAGAUGGGGCCCUCUGACUGACAUGUCCAACUGGAUCGCUCCAACUACUGAUUGACCAUUUGCACUGUCCAAUCAAAUUGGAGUAAAUUUUUGGACAAAAUGGUCCCUCCCAUGGUUGAAGCACCAUUGUUCCCUGCCAAACCGGUCCCCGUAGGAAAGUGAAAAACCUGGGGAGAGCAAACUUUGUUCUCACUAGAUUUUCAAUGAAAGCUGAAGGUUUUAAGGUUGUGCCUCAACACUGCAGCGUGUUUUCCUCAUUAAGGGAUUCGUCAGUGUAGAAGCUGAGUCAAUAGAUGGAUGGGAUGAGUUGACAUCGGGAAUAUAAGGAUAUACAGUGGAUAUCUUUACUCUAGAGUCCUUCUGGAUGAAGACAACAAGAGUCCCUGAUGAUGACAAUGUAUAUGAAUUUGCAACCCAUUAUACUGAUCCAUUAGGAUACCACAGAGGAUCAGUAAUCAAAUGAGUCCAUUAAAUAAAUGGAAUAAAAUACAGAAGAUGUCAGACUUCCAAAUGAUUCGUCUACGAUUCGACCAAAACCCUCCAAGCAGUAGCACUACAGUACAGACACCUGUAGACCUGCAUCAAUUGAAGGGUAAAUUAUUAAUGGUGUGAUGAGGCACAUAUGUCAAAAAAACCUUGGACAUAAUGACUGUGUCUUCUCUCUAUGGUAAAUGCAAUACCAUAGCAAGCAUCAGCAUGGCCAUUCUCAGAAAACACAACAUUCUGAUUGGACAGACGAAGCGCAGGAUUUACAAAGAGAAACCACAUGGGGGCUUUUCGCCACCAAAGAUGAGGCAUGAGCAUUUCGCAGAUUUUGAUGCUCGUGCUAGGAACACGAACGUGGACCUUCACGAAACAUUCCACAGAAGCACCCAGCAAAUGGACAACAAUUUUGGAACGCAAGCACUUUUCUUUUAACUUGGCGUCGGAGGUCGUUUACAUGGCGCAGCCUUUGCGUUGCUACAUUUAAUUCUCAAGACACUCAUCAAUCAUUAUUUUUUCAGUCUUUGUUUUAUCGUAUAUUUUUUUCUACACAUGCUAGAUGGCCAUAUACUGUACAUGUAUAAUUGGAUUGUAAUGUACGUAUCAUGUACAAAGACAAAUGUCACGCAUCUAUCAACGACUAUCAUUUGCAGACACGAAGACUAAAAAUAGUGUACAGAGCAGCAGGCAGCUUGGACUACAAACUGCCCACACGAUGGAGGAAAAACACACACUCAAACACACACACAAAGGACUACAGAGUAAUGCCAUGGAAGACAAACAGAACAGACCUAUCCAGUGUGUGUGUUCAUACGAGUGUGUGUGGAGAUGAAAUCUUGCCUGUGGAGUUUCUGUACGGAGAGUAUGAAGCAGGCCUGGUUAUUAAACAGGGUUUUUAUUCAUCUUGGUCUCUGGUGACGGGACCAAAGGACUGUUAAAAACUACAAACAGACCAGAGGGGACCUAACGGUGUGUAUGCUUGUGCGUGCGCUUGUGCGUGUUCAUGUGUGUGUUUAGAGGGAAGUGCCAAGAACAAAGUGGGAGAAAGAGAGAGUGCAAGUACAUGUGACUGUUUAUGUGUUUGCCAUUUUUUGUGUCCUCACUACAUGUGCAUAUUUGGACUGGCACAUAUUUUGUGUGUGUGUGUGUGUGUGUGUGUGUGUGUGUGUGUGUGUGUGUGUGUUUGUGUGUGCAUCGUCACCCCGCACUCCCACUCCCUUUUUCCUUGGGAUUAGAAUGACCGAAGCAUUCUAAUCCCCCCCUUACGCUCACACAUUACGGAACUAGAGGGAUUCUGGAACCCGAAGGGAUUCCGGAACCAACAGGAUUCCGGAACUAACAGGAUUCCGGAACCAAGAGUAUAUCGGGAACCAAUGGAUUACACAAGCAAAAGGAUUCCAGAACCCAAAGGAUUCUGGAAUGACUGGUAGAGUUUGGAAUUCUGGAAUGAGGGAGUCGUGGGACAUUAGAACCCCACCAGGGAAUUGGGAGACUGUCCACAGUGUCGCAGGGUGACGUUAUGGGGCCGAAUAGUUUUGUUUUGCCCUCCUCUGUGCACGUUUUCACACUCUGUCUCUCUCGUCUCAGAGGUGAGGUUGGCGGUCUGUGCCAUCCUCCUCCUUUCCACUCGUUCCUCUCCUCCUUUCAUCAUUGCUGGAGCACACACUCCAUCUGUCUCUCUGCAUACAGCAUCAUCUCUCUCUUUCUCUCUCCUGUAACCUCUCUUCUGGCACAUACAGUAGCACACUCUCUCUUUCUCCUUCUAUACUACAACCUCUCUCUGUUUCUACACGUAGCAUCGCCUCUCUAUCCCUUUUCCUCGUUCUCUAUCUUCCCACCACUGCCCACCUCCCAUCCUCUUUUAACCUCUCCAUCCAGUCCCCGACCUUCCCCCAUUUUCUCUCUCUUCCUCCUCUCCACCUCUCUGCAUUCAGUCUAUGCAUCUGAGCUCGGCAGACGACACGACACCGGAUGAAUGUCAAUGAAUGACUGUUAAGAAAAUAGAUGCUGUGCUUAGUUUGAGAGUGCAAAAAACAUCUUUCUAUCAACGCUUAUCUUCUGCCUUCUCUAUUUCUUGUUCUCUGAGUUUUUAUACUUUUUUCUUUACCUUCCUUUUGACUAUCCAUGUAACAUGGAAUUAACAUGGAGGGAUGAAUGAAUGGAUUUGUGCACAAACACGGAGACAGGCAGGGUUUGAAUGUGUUUUUGCAUAAAGAACCUUGCCUUUUGGACUGUGAACGAAACACCCUGUGGUCUUUGACCCCCUGACCGACCCUCAGUUCCUGAUCACUGUGUGGACGGUCUGAGAACUUUGGAUUAGCAGUGGUUCAGCUCUAACACCUGACUUAUCCCCUGCAUGGAUGGACCAUGUGGCGGGAGGAGGGAACCUUUCAUCUCUUGACUCCCAGUCGGCAAACUAUCCCUCGGUGCUAUUGAGUCAGAGCUCCCCCUAGUGGAUCGGAAAGGAGGAACCACACAUAACAAAAAGAGAGUAAAAAAAAACUCCUUCACACACAUCUCUCUUCCCUACAACAGUCCUUCAGGUAUUCCAUCACCCUGAGAAAAAAAGAUGAAGAUUUUAAAAAUGCAUAAAUUAUCACCAUUUAUGAUGAAUAGUCAAGUGACGCUUGUUUUAAAUAUUUAGUGAAUGAAAAAAAGAUAAACCUAUAAAAUUCUGUGUUUGUUUGCCUUGUAUACUGAAUUAUGGGCGUGUUGCUGCAGCGCCUACUGUGUUUUUAUUUUAUUUCAUUAUUUUUUUAUUUCAGCUGCCUUGAUAGUACACACACAAACACAACCUUUGCUAAAUCUGGUGAAAAUAACAGUGCAGGUGUAAAAAAGAGCAUUUUAUGUUUAAUCUGACCUGUAAAGAAAAGUCUAGAAAUCUGGUGUUACCAAUGAUGCGUGCCUCACAUAUCUUAAGUAUUUAUCAAACAAAUAUUUGCCCAAAUCUGCAUUCAUAUACAGGUAUGCAGAGUAGUGGCAGUGCAGUGAUAUUUUUCCUCUUUAGAGCAAUAUCCCUCAGAGCGAUCACGUAUCUGAGAUCAGAUAAGUGAAGCUGGAAGGGAGGACCGCUAGAUCAAAAAAACUACAAAACUUUAUUUGAACUAAACCCACAUAUUUUGUUCAAAACAGAGUGGGAACAGAGAGAUACGAGUACAGUGUUAGGAGAGAGUGUUGUGUCAGCACAAUAAUUACAGGAAUAGUUUCUUGUUAAAAAGUAAUAUGUGGUGUGUAGACGCUGCGUGCAUCUAAAAAUUUUGCCGUAAGAAUGUGUCACUUUCAGCGUGUGUUCAGGCUCAACAAACCACAGUGUUGUUUCACUUGUUCCUUGAGUAGACAGAUGGCAGAUAUCGUCAACAUGGCACAUUUGGUUCGACAGUUUUUAAUAGGGAAGUAAGUGGGUACAAACAAACAAAGAAAACAUGGGUAUACUGGUAGAAAAAAUGGUCCCUUUUGUGGGGAUACAAUCAUUUAAUAUUGAAAAGAACAUGUCAUUUUUGUGUAGUUUUACAAAUAUUUCUAAGAUGCAGAAAUAAUCUCAUUGGUUAUUAAAUCAUCAAUAGGCGGAGCCAAAGAACAUGCUGGGACAUUACUGCCAACUUGGUGCCAUAUUUUUGCUACUUUUUACUUCUACUAACAACAAACUUACUGAUCAUGGGAAAAAUUGGCCCUCAGUGUAUUUGGUUGAACCCUCAGCUCUUCUGGAAAUCUGGUUCCCUAAAACAGCCUCUCCCAUUUGAGAUUUAACCAAACCGAUGAGAAUAUUUGAGCUCAAAGAGAGGCUCUGCCUCCAAGAAAUAUCUGUAGAUAAUUACUAAUCAGAUAUGUUGACAACGUAUUAUAUUGAAAAUGACAUUUCUAUAAAGUGUGAAAAGAGAGCUGACAGGAGAAAUAUAUUGAAAAUUUAAUCCAUUAUCCCUUCUGUAGGAGGACAAGUAGGGAAGAGAGGUAGGAGGGAAAAUGAGGGUGUGGAGCAAAGGUUUGAUUCUGCUGAAUGCGGGGAUUACCACCACAUAUUCCAUCAUCUUUUCCUUCACCUCCUCUCUCCCUUCUUCUCAGCUGUCGUGUGACUCAGAGGAGUAAUCAUGUUAAAAGCUUUUCCCUCUCUCUCACUCUCUCGGUUUUCUUCCCCACAAAGUGAUGAAGCGUGUACAGAGUGCUGCGAUCGACCGUUAAUUAAUUUGGUUUAAUUUUACAGUCAGUCUCCGCAGAUACAGAACAGCAAAACAGCAACCUUAGACAUAAAUAAAAGCAGUGCGGAAAAAAGUUACCAGUUAAGUUGGACACUUGGGAGUUCAUGCAAGGAUAAUUUCCUCUAAAGCCAACAGAAAGAUCACAGUUUAUCUGAAUAAGCCAAACAACGCUUGUGUGAAUAAAGUGUUUACAGUCAUUUGUUAGUAUAAUGAAUAGAGCUCCUAAAACGAGACCAAAUGCCAGACCAGCAUAAACAAAUCAAACAUCCCAUCAGAUAAACAGUCGACCAUAAGUUAUCCAAGUAUUUGUAAAAGACUAGAAUAGAAUCUGUCAAAGACCAAAACAGCUACUACAGUAGUCAAAACAAUUAUUUUACCACUUUACUGAGAAAUCUACUACAAGUGGAGAAAAAGCUUUACAAUAAAAACACUGGUUCAUAUUUAGUAAAACCACCAGAGCAGAUAUCCGACCCAAGAACCUGAGAACUUAACAGAGAACGUAUCACAUUUGGUGUCAGGUUCAGGUCAUUUUGUUGUUUAAGAACUUCUUGUUUGGUUCGGGUUGGAUCCAGUUUGGUUAAUUUCCGACAUAAUUUAUCAAGAAAUUUCUCUUUUAGUAGUCUGCACAAGUAGAUACACAAUGUCCAGUGAGAAGACAAAAUGUAGCCAAUGCUUCACACUCACUAAUGUAUGAAAUAAGGCAAAAAACAUAGCUGUAGCUUUGGGCGUCAGGUCAGAUUUGGGUCUCAGUUUUUGGGCAGAACUCUACCUAUAACACAAAACUUAAAUAUUUUAGCUUUAGUUCACCAUAAUAAAGUGGUUCUCAACUCAGAGCCCCAGAAUAUCACAUUUGAAGAAUUUUAAAGCAAUACAAGUCUCCAAUUUCAACGACCUGCUCACUGUAAUCCACAGACCUCAAUUUAGUUGAGAACUACUUUCUGCCAAAUUACACCUGCCACAUGUUAAUCCCCAAGAUAUGCUCACAAGGAGCUCCGGUGGCUAUUACAAGUAACUAAUUUUUUGGAAAACUGUUGCUGUUGAGUGUUUCAGAUGUCACCCUUUUGUUGCUUUGGGUGCAACAAACUAAGAAACAAAAGGAUAACGAUACCAGUAUCAGUACCAUUAGUGGGAUACUGUUACCAAUAUAGUUCUUAAUCAGAUACCUUGUGUCGAAGAACCAUCCACCCAGAAGUUUUCUCCAGACGACUUACUACUACUGGUACUGUGUAUAUUGUUGAUAUCGCAAAGGUAUCGAGUACAGAUAUCCAGCCCUACAACAAACCCAACUCUGAUUGAGUUCCACGGACAUGUGGUGAGCUACAACUAAAAUCACUAAUCACACUAAAACUUCGCCUUGCUGGAGCCUAUUAAUGGGCUAUAAACUGUCCCUUUUUGAGUGUGGUGCAGCUUCAUGAGAGAGUGAAAGAGGGUGAAAACGAGCAACAGCGAAAGAAGGGUAAUGGUUGCAGAUUUGGGCCAAAGAGUUAUCUUGCAUUUGUUUCAGGAGUGCCAGAUGGGGGUUGGGUUUACAGUGUUGAGACAUUUCAGGGGUACUUUGGAGUACGGCAUGCUGCCCAUCACAAAAACUGACAUCCUCUGCUGGUAAAACCCCCCCUCCUGUGCCUCCAAGCAAAGUAAAACAAACCCCCAAACAUAAUUUUAACCCCUAAUUCAGGGGCUGUACAGGCAGCUUAUAAAGACAUAGAGAUGAUAAUUAGAGAGAGACAUAGAGAGAGAGACAGACAGAGUUAUUGGAAUUAUUCUAUUUUUGUUAUUCCCCAUUGAAAAAGACAUAUUUAAAGGAAUAUUCCGUGUAUGUAUUGAAUAACCUCUGUUUCCCCCGCCCCAUCCAGUGGUGUGAUCUGUGGCUGCGAGGUGGCGUCACACACAAAACGCCUCCCUCUGCAGCUAUACAAUGCCAAUGUGAUGAAAUUAUUAUAUCAUUAUAAAUAAAUUAUUUUUCUUGCUUAAAAAAACAAAA